AUGUCCUGUGAUGUUAGACACUGUCUUGGUAGUACGUACUGUGACGUGGAGUACGGAAGAUGUGUAGGUGGUUGUCAAGCUGGCUGGGAGUUACCUGACUGCACAACUGAGUGUCACGGUGGUACUUUUGGACGCGGAUGUAAAUCAAAGUGUAGUGAACGACACUGUAAAGGAGACAGCUCAUCUUGUGAUGUUCAGAAUGGAACAUGCCAACAUGGCUGUCAGCCGGGAUGGAAGAGUUCAAGUUGUAAUGCCCAGUGCAGUAAUACGACCUAUGGCGAUAACUGUGCAAUGCUGUGUUCAGAUAGACACUGUAGUAACACGGCAUCUUGUAUCCCUGAGACUGGUCAGUGUGAAGGUGAAUGUGCAUCUGGAUGGACAGGAACUACCUGCAAGGAAGAGUCUUCAGCCUCAACUGAUUUUCCAGUCGGACCUGCAGUUGGUGGCAUUGCUGCUGUAUUGGUUGUCAUAGUUGUAGUCGUCGUUAUUAUUGUAUUUGUCAGGAGACGACAAGCGAACAAUAAGGAUCGUUCUGAGCAUACACCCCUUCCAGAAAAGACUGAAAACCCUAGGGAAAGGAGACCUGUUGCAGCUUAUGAACAUGUCUACAUCAACGUUGAAUCACCUGCAAGAUAUUCAACCAAAACUGUUGAAAUAAAUGAUACCGACGUCAGUGACGUUGAUGAAGGAGAACCUGAAGAACAGGAAACUGACGAGGAGGAGGAGGUCAAGGAUGCUGACACGUAUUACAAUGAUGUCCAACCAGCUCCUACUCCGUUUAGUGUGCCAGAAGGAGGAUUUGACGUCGCAGAACUUGAAGAUAUCAUAGACAACAUCAGGAGACAGCCUGGCGGAUUUGAAGCAGAAUUCCUGAAACUACCAAGUGGGUUCAAGCAUCCAUACACCGAUUCACAGAUACAAGAAAACAGAUGCAAGAACAGAUUUGCUGGUUAUUAUCCAUAUAACAAUAAUCGUGUGAAAUUAUCUCCCUUGCCAAACCUACCGCACUCUGAUUACAUCAACGCCAGUUACGUCGAUGCGUAUGAAAAGACGAAAUAUUUCAUUGCAUCGCAAGCUCCAAAUAAUGUGACUUUACCAGAUUUCUGGAGGAUGAUCUGGGAACAGGACUGUGGACACAUCGUCAUGUUGACAAACCUAGUGGAGGGUGGGAAGCAUAAAUGUGAGCCCUAUUGGAAGGAUUCUGGUUCGAUGCAUGUUGGGCUUUUUGAUGUAGUGGUCAAAGAUAUCAUUGAACGAGCAGAUUAUACCAUCAGAAAGAUACAAGUCACCCAGAAGAAGUCUAAGAAAUGCAAGACAUUUGACCAUUACCACUUCACAUCAUGGCCUGACCACGGAGUACCUAAAGUGUUGGAUUUACUAGAAUUCUUCUGGUUGACACGAGAGACUCCUCCGUCCCGUCCUGGUCCUGUCCUGGUGCACUGCAGUGCUGGGAUUGGUAGAACUGGAACUUACAUUGCUCUACAUAUCCUGACAGACGAGGUGAAGAAAGCUGGAAGAAUGAACGUACUGGAAAUGAUGACCAAGAUCAGAGAUCAAAGAAAAAAUAUGAUCCAGACAAAGAAUCAGUAUGAAUGCCUUUUUACGAGUAUGCUCGAGGUUGUAAAAUAUGGACAGACAAGUAUGGCCACAUCUACUUACACGCAGAAAUAUGCUAAACUCAAAGGAUCUGUGAGAAUGGGCCACAAAACACUCGACGAGCUAGCUGAGGUUAUUGCAUCUACUGACAUAUCUGAUAAAGGUCUUCCACUGAAGAAUAAACUUUGGGUUGGUGGAAAGGAUGAUCUCUUUGCUGUUCAAGCUCCAUCGAAGAUGCUAAGUAAAGGCUACCUGUUGGUUUACACUCCACAAAGAACGGAGAAUCUGCUGUGGAAACUGAUCAUGGAGAAUGAUUCACUGACUCUUGUCACUCUGGGCAACAAGAAUGAAUCAUUCGUCCCACGCCCAAGUCAUUCCAGUAACUAUAGAAACGUGACUGUGACGACAGUGACAGAAACGCAUGUGUCAAGAGAGAUAACAUUAAGAAUACUUAGUGUUGAAAUGAAGGGAUCAGAUGAAAAGAAAGAAAUUGCCAACUUCUCCGUGCAGACUUGGACCAACACUUCUAACUCGUCCACAGUGAUCAAUUGUCUAACAACUCUGACAGAACAAAUCCUGGACAGACAGAACAAUCUGAAAUUUCACCCCGUCACGGUCGUCUUCGAGUAA